AUGUUCAGUAAAAAGAUCUUCUCAACUGCCCUUUCUCGUGGUCGAGGCUUGUACUCUUUGGCAGCAUCCCAGCAACCACAACCACUAGCCUGCUAUCACCGAGUGAUCCGAGAAGCCUUCAUCCACUCGGGAAAUAUGAAGGACAUGGAAAGAGUAUCUACCAUGAGAUCUCCAGCCAUGGAUGAUCUUUCCUUGAGUCUUGAUCAUGCACAAGAAUCUUCAACCUCUCUUGCAAUGAAAGGAUCAUCAUCCACCACCUCAAAAGGAUCUCUUCUUAAAAGAGAACAAGCUCUUCUCUCCAACAUGGAGAAACUUGCCAAGGUGGAUCCUGUCCUCAAGAAAAUAAUCAAAGACUACUCUGAAGAGAUUGCCAUUGUGAUGAAUGAUGAUUCGCAUCAUGCAGUCUCAAUGAUGGAGUCUGAAUUGGUGCAUCGUCUGCAUGAAUGCAAUUUGAAAGUGCACCGAUAUUUGUCGAAGGCUGUCUCAUCACACCUCCUUCAAGAGAUGAGGUUUUUAAGCUUGGUCAAUUCUGAGUUGGCUCACGAAUGUGCAGAGAUGAAUCGUUUGCUUGAAAAGCACAUGUUUUCAGUGUAG